AUGCCCACAAAUGAGGAGGAGGAAGCUACAAGAAAACCCUCUGUGACGAAGCAGCCCUUUUCCCCAGUCACGAAUGGGUCAACAGACUAUGGCACUACCUAUGAAAAGCUAAAUGACAAAGUAGGCCUGAAGACUGUGCUGAGCUACCUUUAUGUCAGUCCCACUAACAAGAGGAAGAUCAUGCUUCUUAGUGAUCCAGAGGUUGAGAGCAGCAUCCUCAUCAGUUCUGAUGAAGGGGCUACCUACCAAAAGUACCGUCUGAACUUCUAUAUUCAGAGCUUGCUUUUCCAUCCCAAGCAGGAGGAGUGGAUCUUAGCCUAUAGUCUGGAUCAAAAGCUGUACAGCUCCAUGGACUUUGGAAGAAAAUGGCAGCUCAUGCAUGAGCGGGUCACUCCAAACAGGUUUUACUGGUCAGUGGCCGGUUUGGAUAAAGAACCUGACCUUGUGCACAUGGAAGCCCGGACUGCUGAUGGACACACACACUAUUUGACCUGUCGGAUCCAAGAGUGUUCAGAGACCAAAAGGAGUGGGCCAUUCUCACGCUCCAUUGACAUCAGCUCCCUUGUGGUUCAGGAUGAAUAUAUCUUCAUCCAGGUGACAGCUGGUGGAAGAGCAAAUUACUACGUGUCAUACAGACGGGAGCCUUUUGCACAGAUUAAAUUGCCAAAAUACUCUCUUCCUAAGGACAUGCAUAUUAUCAGCACAGACGAAGAUCAGGUGUUUGCAGCUGUUCAAGAGUGGAACCAGAACGACACAUACAAUCUGUAUAUCUCUGACACCCGAGGGGUGUACUUCACUUUGGCCUUGGAAAACAUCAAAAGCAGUCGAGGACUGGAGGGGAAUAUCAUCAUUGAACUUUAUGAGGUAGCAGGGAUCAAAGGCAUAUUCCUGGCUAACAGGAAGAUAGACGACCAAAUCAAGACUUUCAUUACCUACAACAAAGGCAGAGACUGGCGUUUGCUGCAGGCACCAGACACCGAUCUAAGAGGGGAUCCUGUAGUUUGCCACCUGCCCUUUUGCUCAUUGCACUUACAUUUGCAACUCUCAGAGAAUCCAUAUUCUUCAGGAAGCAUUUCCAGCAAAGAGACAGUUCCUGGGCUGCUGGUGGCAACAGGCAAUAUUGGCUCUGAACUUUCCUACACUGAUGUUGGUGUGUUCAUCUCUUCUGAUGGUGGAAAUUCCUGGAGACAGAUCUUCGAGGAGGAAUACAACGUGUGGUUUCUGGACUGGGGAGGGGCACUAGUGGCCUUGAAACAUACAUCAGUGCCCAUCCGGCACAUGUGGGUGAGUUUUGAUGAGGGAAGAUCAUGGAGUAAAUACAGUUUCACAUCAACACCACUUUUUGUGGAUGGAUCCCUUGUAGACCCUGGCAUAGAGACCCAGAUAAUGACAGUUUUUGGGCACUUCAGUCUUCGUUCUGAAUGGCAGCUGGUCAAGGUGGACUAUAAGUCAAUCUUCAACCGCAGGUGUAACAAAGAUGACUACCAAACCUGGCAUCUGCACAAUCAGGGAGAGCCUUGUGUCAUGGGAGAGAGGAAGAUCUACAAAAAACGCAAGCCUGGAGCCCAGUGUUCCCUAGGUCGGGACUAUUCCCACACUGUUGUGUCUGAACCAUGCGUCUGUGGUCAAGGGGACUUUGAGUGUGACUAUGGGUACGAGAGACACAGCAACAAUCAGUGUGUCCCAGCCUUCUGGUUCAGCCCGUCCUCCCUGUCCAAGGAGUGCAGCAUGGGUCAGAGCUACUUGAACAGCACUGGGUACCGAAGGAUUGUGUCUAACAACUGCACAGAUGGCUUGCGAGAGAAGUACAUGGCCAAGGUGGAGAAAUGCCCUGGAAAAGCACCUCGUGGACUGCACAUCCUCACUACUGAUGGAAAGCUGAUCACGGAGCAGGGACACAAUGCCACCUUCAUCAUCCUUAUGGAAGAGGGUGAUCCCCAAAGGACAAACAUUCAGCUUGAUUUUGGAGAUGGCAUUGCAGUAUCCUAUGCUAAUUUCAGCCCUGUUGAGGAUGGCAUCCGGCAUGCCUAUAAGAGCGCUGGAAUCUUUCAGGUGAUGGCAUAUGCAGAGAACAGCCUGGGCUCUGACACUGCUGUCCUCUUCCUGCAUGUGGUCUGUCCAGUGGAGCAUGUCCAACUGAGCAUCCCCUUUGUCGCCAUCAGAAAUAAGGAUGUCAACAUUACUGCAGUAGUUUGGCCCAGCCAGGCAGGCACACUUACCUACUUCUGGUGGUUUGGUAACAGCACCAAGCCCCUCAUCACCUUGGAGAGCAGCAUCUCAUACAUCUUCACUGUGGAGGGGAUGAACACUGUCACUGUGCAAGUUGCUGCAGGCAAUACCCUCAUCCAAGACACCAAGGAGAUCGCAGUGCAUGAGUAUUUCCAAUCUCAGCUCCUGUCAUUUUCUCCCAACUUGGACUACCAUAACCCUGACAUCCCUGAAUGGAGACAAGACGUUGGCAAAGUCAUCAAGAGAGCUCUAGCACAGGUGACUGGUAUCCCUGAUGAUCAGAUCUUAGUAGCUGUAUUUCCUGGGCUGCCUACUUCUGCUGAACUCUUCAUACUGCCCCAUAAAAACACAACAGAGAGGAGGAAAAGCAGUGAGGCUGAUCUGGAGCAAGUGGUAGAAAUCCUUUUUAAUGCUCUCAACCAGAACCUGGUCCAGUUUGAACUGAAGCCUGGAGUUGAAGUCAUUGUGUAUGUUACUCAGUUAACAUUAGCACCUCUUGUUGAUUCCAGCACGGGUCAUAGCAGCUCGGCGAUGCUGAUGUUGCUGUCUGUGGUGUUCGUGGGCUUGGCUGUUUUUUUAAUCUACAAAUUCAAGAGGAAAAUCCCUUGGAUUAACAUCUAUGCCCAAGUUCAGCAUGACAAGGAGCAGGAAAUGAUUGGCUCUGUCAGCCAAAGUGAAAAUGCCCCCAAAAUCACUCUGAGUGAGUUCACAGACCCCGAGGAGCUGAUGGACAAAGAGGUGGACACGCGAGUGAUGGGAAGCAUCUCAACUAUUGCCAACAGUGAAAGCACAAAGGAAAUCCCCAACUGCACUAGUGUUUAA